CGCGCGGUGCACGCCAGUAUUCAGUCUAGUCGACACACCGCUCAGCGGCGGUAGCCUACGUACGCUCUCUAACAAAACAUUCAUUCUCACUGGAUCAACUUUACUCUGGGAUUAAUCGUAACUGUUAACAGUGUUCCAUUCCACGUAUAUUGUGUAUGUGAAUAUAUAGGUGGAAACUUAUUGUGACCUUAAACGCAUCUUUAUCCCGCGCUUAUUGACUCUGGUCUUACGGACAACAGAUGGUACCAUCGAAUAAAAUGAAAAACCGCACAAGUUGGUGGGCAUUGUUGCUGACGGCUACACUGGCUGUGGGAACGUUCGCGGAUGCUGGUGUUGGUCUCUAUAACGCGAGGCUUCAGCAGGUCGUAACGUCUAGCACUCUGAAAUGGACGAACAUGAAGAAGGAAGCGAUGGAUAAUUAUGUAACCGGAGCUGAUUCUCAGCAAGGUCCAAUAUAUCUGUGCAAAGCAAGACACGAAGGCGACAUGCUUCUUGGACAACUCAGACCUGACUACACAUCUUGCGCUGUAUCAGGAACUAAGAGUUAUAAUGUCUUUGAAGUACUAGAAAAUAUUGAAAACGCUUCACUUAUUAUAUGGGAACCAUGGAAUAAAUUUAAUUCCAAACCGACUGGGGCCGUUGUGGUCGAUUCGUCUGUUGAUUCCGUGUUUAUAGGCCGAAUGAUAAACGGUAACGAUUUUUCUCAUAACAUAGGUAGAAUUAUAUAUGAAAGUACUGUGGGUCAUUUGAUAACAUUCAAUGAACAAAAUAACGAGUUAGACGAAAACAGUGGAGAAAUUCUAAUGGAAAUCGAACCGAUGAGUUACAGGCUGGAAAAUGUUGAACUCGAUUUAAUAACACAGCACGAGAGGCAGGCAGAUCCCCAGAUAUACACGGAACGCGUGUUGAGGAACGACGACGACGUCGCUGCGACCGUCACCACAGAAAUAGAAUACAAAUAUAAUUACACUUUAUCCUGGGGUCACGGUCAUGGUGUAGCCAUCGGUUUGAAUACGACCAUAGAGAUGAGCGACGGGACUGUGUUCCCGCAAAUCGAAUGGGCAAAUCCAUUUACAGAAGAACGAAAGGAACUUUUCAAAUUGGAGAAAUAUCUCGAACCGGGCACGGCUUGCAACGUUACCUUCCGUGGCAAUUACACCAAUCGUGAUGUACAGUACACCGCGAAACUGGUGACGUACUAUAAAGGUAACAACGCACGUUCAAGGGAAAUGAGGGGAGAGAGAAUUGAAAAUACCGUCGAGGUCGAGGCCGUAUUCGGUGAAAUAUAUUACACGGUUAACAACACGCUUGUCCCUACAACGACGACCACCACGACUACUACGACUACCACCAGCACCACUACCACCCAGGCUCCACCACCACCACCGCCGUUGGAUGAGAAAAACGACGUGGGCAUGAUAAUGGACAGCAAUGACAUAUUAGGAGAUAGCAGCGAAGAUAUGGUUAAAGCACCUCCCGUCAAAGAAGACAUCAAUCGCUCAGUCGUCGGAGGUCUAGGCAGCAAGCCUAAUGGUGCCAACUUUAGAACCGCAUCGCUUUUAGUAUUUUUGCCGAUAUUUGCCCUUCUAUAGAUUAUUUAACCAUAUUUAGCUUCCCUGUAAAUAGAAAAUAUAUCACUGAUAUUAUAGUUGCUUGACGUUACUACAUGUGUUGCAACUAGGCUUAUUGCAGUUGUUGAUUCCGAGUACAGAAAACCUGUAUCGGUUUGUUUUGUAAAUAAAGAAACGUUUAUGUUUCCGACACAUUCCUGUUAAAUAAUUCCAUUCCAAUUGUAAAAAAAAAAGAUAAAAAUUUGGACUAAUAAAUACCAGAUGUAUAUAGGUUUUGUAUAUAGUUAAGAUUAUAUGGAGGUCGCAGAGCGACUGGAAGAUCAAUUUGAUUGCAAACAUCAAUUUGGUAGCUGAUCAACUGGAUUGAGGUUAGCGUAUGGCACUGUUACCAAUAACCCACAACAUUCAAUUGCUUUUUCAUACAUUUAUCUGUUGCGGUUUCACUAAUAUUAUCUAACCUAUAGUGACUUCAUUUCAAGACCAUAAACUUUCCCCGCACACCUUACGGUAAACGUGAUUAUUUUAUAAAAAUAACAAACAACAAAUCUGUCGCUUUAAUAGUAUUCAAAUGGCAUGAAACCAUUUUUUUCCUUUUAAGUAUUUAUUAGGAAUUCAGCAAAUUGAAUUUCAUUUUCUCCUUUAACAUUAUAUCUACAGUACCUCUAUAGUGUUUGUGUAUUUUUAUUUUGUUAUUUUUAUUUUUAAAAGGACGAGAGUUUUAAAAUCCAGAAUGGAUGAUAUUAUUAUUAUAAAAGCUUCUAGCCGUAGUUGAUAUUUAUUUGUUUUAGGUUAAAAUCACGAGACAUCAAGUAACACUUAAGCUUCGAUCACGUAUCAUUAAGAAGAUUUAAAUAUUAUAACUUUGUUAUUACCAAAGUUGCAUUUUCUUUAAAGUCUACUUACUAUAAUUAGAGUAAUCGUUACUUUUUUCUCUCCAUGUUAUGUAUGCACGGACACCAAUAUUUAGAUGUGAGAUGUGUAAUUGUUAAAAUAUAAUAAUCGCUUAGCUUCGUUUUACAUAGAUUUGAACAGAUGAGUGAUAUUUUUGUAUGGGCGGAGGCCUCUAGGUUAAUUCAUACAUCGUCCCAGAUCAUAGUUCACGAAACCAGUGCAUCCAUCAACAUUGUCUGUAAAGAUCUGUAUCCCACCUAGUAUAACGUAAUCGUAAGCAUUAGAUUUAUUGAACAAUAUCAAAUGUAUUAUUGGAGUCGGAUGCCGUGUAUUCGCGUUAUUGCUUGCAAACUAUAAAGCUAUACUAAUAUGAUGUUUAUUCAAAAAAAUAAAUUAUAAAAGAUUUCAAAAUUUAAACUAUACGUUUUCACCUACUUGUACCGGCAUUGGCGAGCUAAUUUCUGUGUCUUAUACCCAGCGCAUUGUAGCAAAUUUUUAUCGUUAUAUAGUCUAAACAGGUAUUCGUACGGUAUUGUACGGUAUUUUACAUUAGCAAUAACAAUUUAAAAACUUUAAUACCAUCGAAAUGAAAGUUGAGGUCGAAUCUCAUAUUAAAUGCAAGAAUGAUGAAAUUUAUGAAAAUAGUGAGGUAAAAAUUUUAAGAAAGUACGAACACCUGAUUAGUCUAUGCGGCGAUGAAUGGAAGGCUUUUACUAUAUGAUGCAGUGGCUCUAGCCAUUAAUUAUAAUACGAAUCUCAACAGGAUUAAUGUUUGCGAAGCAUAAUUGUGAUGUUCUAUGUAAGUAUUGUUUUCAACCAUUAAAGUGUAAAAACAUA